CGGGCGCGGGCGGCGCGGCGCCGGAGUCGUGUUUUUUGCCGCCUCCGCCGCCGGGCCACCUACCCGGGAUUUGAGUCUCGCGCCUUCUUCGUUCGCUCGCCGGGGGUUCGCGCCCCUCUCGAGACCCCGGGCAGCGAGGCUGGGGAAGGGGUUGGAGGGGGCUGUUGAUCGCCGCCUUUAAGUUGUGCUCGGGGCGGCCAUGUCGGCCGGCGAGGUCGAGCGCCUAGUGUCGGAGCUGAGCGGCGGGACCGGAGGGGAUGAGGAGGAAGAGUGGCUCUAUGGCGGCCCAUGGGACGUGCAUGUGCACAGUGAUUUGGCAAAGGACCUAGAUGAAAAUGAAGUUGAAAGGCCAGAAGAAGAAAAUGCCAGUGCUAAUCCUCCAUCGGGAAUUGAAGAUGAAACUCCUGAAAAUGGCGUACCUAAACCGAAAGUGACAGAGACUGAAGACGAUAGUGAUAGCGACAGUGAUGAUGAUGAGGAUGACGUUCAUGUCACUAUAGGAGACAUUAAAACGGGCGCACCACAGUAUGGGAGUUAUGGUACAGCACCUGUAAAUCUUAACAUCAAGACAGGAGGAAGAGUUUAUGGAACUACAGUAGGAACGAAAGUCAAAGGAGUAGAUCUUGAUGCACCUGGAAGCAUUAAUGGAGUGCCACUUUUAGAGGUAGAUUUGGAUUCUUUUGAAGAUAAACCAUGGCGUAAACCUGGUGCUGAUCUUUCUGAUUAUUUUAAUUAUGGGUUUAAUGAAGAUACCUGGAAAGCUUACUGUGAAAAACAAAAGAGGAUACGAAUGGGACUGGAAGUUAUACCAGUUACCUCUACUACAAAUAAAAUUACGGCCGAAGACUGUACUAUGGAAGUUACACCAGGUGCAGAGAUCCAAGAUGGCAGAUUCAAUCUUUUUAAGGUACAGCAGGGAAGAACUGGAAAUUCAGAGAAGGAAACAGCGCUUCCAUCUACAAAAGCUGAGUUUACUUCUCCUCCUUCUUUGUUCAAGACUGGACUCCCACCAAGCAGAAACAGCACCUCUUCUCAGUCUCAGACAAGUACUGCCUCCAAAAAAGCCAAUUCAAGCGUUGGGAAGUGGCAGGAUCAAUAUGGGAGGGCCGAAUCACCUGAUCUAAGGAGAUUACCUGGGGCAAUUGAUGUUAUUGGUCAGACUAUAACUAUCAGCCGAGUAGAAGGAAGGCGACGGGCAAAUGAAAACAGCAACAUACAGGUCCUUUCUGAAAGAUCUGCUACUGAAGUAGACAACAAUUUUAGCAAACCACCGCCAUUUUUCCCUCCAGGAGCUCCUCCCACUCACCUUCCACCUCCUCCAUUUCUUCCACCUCCUCCAACUGUCAGCACUGCUCCACCUCUGAUUCCACCACCAGGUAUUCCAAUAACUGUACCACCUCCAGGUUUUCCUCCUCCACCAGGCGCUCCACCUCCAUCUCUUAUACCAACAAUAGAAAGUGGACAUUCCUCUGGUUAUGAUAGUCGUUCUGCACGUGCUUUUCCAUAUGGCAAUGUUGCCUUUCCCCACCUUCCUGGUUCUGCUCCUUCAUGGCCUAGUCUUGUGGACACCAGCAAGCAAUGGGACUAUUACUCAAGAAGAGAGAAAGACCGAGAUAGAGAUAGAGACAGAGACCGAGAACGAGAUCGUGAUCGAGACAGAGAAAGAGAACGCACCAGAGAGAGAGAGAGGGAGCGUGAUCAUAGUCCCACGCCGAGUGUUUUCAACAGUGAUGAAGAACGAUACAGAUACAGGGAGUAUGCAGAAAGAGGCUAUGAGCGCCACAGAGCAAGUCGGGAGAAAGAAGAACGACACAGAGAAAGACGACACAGAGAGAAAGAGGAAACCAGACACAAGUCCUCUCGAAGUAAUAGUAGACGUCGCCAUGAAAGUGAAGAAGGAGACAGUCAUAGGAGACACAAGCACAAAAAAUCUAAAAGAAGCAAAGAAGGAAAAGAAGCUGGCAGCGAGCCUGCCCCUGAACAGGAGAGCACCGAAGCUGCACCUGCAGAAUAGGCAUGGUCAUGGCCUUUUGUGUACAGUAGUGCCAGAAAUAGAUGCUAUAAAUCUUCUUAUUUUUCUGGAUAAUGUUUAAGAAAGUUGCCUUUAAUCUUGUUCUGUUUGUUAGUAUGAAAAUUUAAACUUUUUUCUUCUAAAAUAAAAGAGUGAAUUUUUCAUGUUAAGUUAAAAAUCUUUGUCUUGUAAUAUUUAAAAAAUAAAAAGACAGUAAUGACUUUGUAUCGAAGAAAGUAAUGUGAAUGAGUCACUCAGCAGGGAAUUUAAAGAGCUAUGUUUAGCUGUGUACAUAAUAUCUGAUUGAUAAAAAGGUCAAGGUUCCCUCUUGGCCAGUUUCCUUGAGUUAGUUAGUUAGUUAAUCAAAUACCAGUCUGUCUCUUAAGAAGUUGCACUGCAAAAUGCAUCAAAAUGCACCUCUGAGUCGUCUUGAGAUUAAAACUAGUCUUUCUUUUAUCAUCA